AUGGGCAACAGUUCGCGGACUCGUCCAGGGCAGACUAGUAGUAGCAGUAUCGCGAAGGGUCCGACAAAAGACGUCAAGGAAGUCAACUUAUCCCGCUCAAACCGAUCCAAGCCCUCGAACUCCGGCAGGCACCCGCCUAUGAAGAGAGCAGGGACGCCUGUGGGCGGCCACUCCGCAGAUACUAGCUCGUCAACGAGUUCAGAAGAUAUCGCACCGGAAAUUGUGGUCUGGACUGGGGACAUGGAUACGAUGGACUCGGAGGAGUCGUCCUCUCCAGAAAGCCCACUGCCGGCAGACGACUCUCCACAGUUACCAUCACUAUCGCAAGCCACGGAAGAGCCAAGUGCCCAAAAUGAAGACGCCUCGAGCCAGUUUUCAUCGCUCUUAUCGGAGCCUCCAGAGUCGUCACCACUUAUAUCACCUCAAGAUGAUAACGCGGUGGAGCAGGAAAACCCGAUCACCCAGUCCGCCAGUAGCCUAUCGGACCAGCACUCGAACUCGUCAUCCCAUGCGCCAUCCGUAACAAGCAAGGCUACGACCCCUGUGGAUGUGGAUGGACCGAAGGAGCUUUCAACAAGACAAGAGUCAUCUGAGCCACUGCCUCCUUUACUGGUAUCUCCCUCUCCGAAGACGCCUCUAGAAGAGCAUCAACCGACACCAGCUGUGGAGGAAUCUCCUCAAUCGGAUGGACAACCACAAGCCGAGCUACAAAUACAGCCAUCAGCUCAACCAGAACAGGAAGUCCACCUCUCGCCUCUGCCAACGAUGGACGAGCCCCCUACAGCAGCAGUUGAAACCGCAUCUCCACCUGAUGAACCCAAGCCACUGAUGGAGGAGCGGAAGAUCAAGGAAGAGUCGCCGGAGGAGGUAGUGCUGGGAUCAGCAAGGCAAGCUUCGGUGCCUCAAGAAACUGAAACCCUGGACGUAUCAAUGGAAGAAGCUCCAGCUACGGAUGCGGUAGCGCAAGAAGCCCCAGCGCAAGAUGUCCCGAUGUUGGAAGCGCCUCCUCAAGAGACACCGGACCAGGAAGCACCGCCACAGGAUAUAGUCAUGGAAGAACCUCCGGCUUACGAAUCUCUGACUCAUGAACCUCCGGCAGAAGAGCCUCCGGCUCAAAGCGUAUCGACGCUAGAUGCCCCAUCUCAGAAAAUCCCAGCACAAGAAACUUCAGUCCCGGCGACGCCAGUACACGAAGCGCCCGCCCAGCCAACACCAGUGCAAGGAUCCUUGCCUCGAAACGCAGGUACAAAUACGGCGUCCACAGACACCCCGAGGCGGCGAUACAACGUCCGCCCCAAAGUCACCAUACCUCCCAAUCUUCCACUACCGGAUUAUGCUAUGCAAUGUAUCUCUGCAGCGGAGGCUUCGAGACUCAACCCAUAUGCUUUGCACCAGGAGGAAUAUCUCAUGCUCCGAGACCAUAUCAGCCACGCCCAAGUAACAACGUAUCUGAAUAUCAGGAAUGGUAUUCUAAGGCUGUGGGUAAGGAAUCCUCAAAUAGCUGUUACUCGGGAAGAAGCUGUUGGAUGCGCCAAAGACACCCGUUGGUUUGACGCUGCCAGCCUAUGUUUCGACUGGCUUGUUCGUCGGGGAUACAUCAACUUUGGGUGCGUAGGUUACCGGCAUUCAAAGAAGCAUGCUUCCAAAGACUCGUCAACUGCCACCCUCAAGCAAAGAACAGUCGCUGUUCUGGGAGCAGGUAUGGCUGGACUGGGCUGCGCGAGGCAGCUCGAGGGACUCUUUGCACAGUAUGCAAAGAAGUUCAGAGACAUGGGUGAAGAGCUUCCGCGAGUAAUUGUAAUCGAAGGUCGGAACCGAAUAGGUGGCAGGGUUUACUCUCGCCCCUUUGCAUCUAAGCCUGCGCGAAUCCCGGAAAAUUUCCAGGGGAAGCGAUUCACUGCAGAAAUGGGAGGUAUGAUCAUCACGGGAUUUGAACGUGGUAACCCCAUCAACAUUCUGCUCAGGGCACAGCUCGGAAUUCCAUACAGGCCAUUGCGGCCAGACACAACUCUGUACGACUCGAACGGCAAGCCCGUAGAUUUACACCGAGAUCAGCUGGUCGAGAAUCUGUACAAUGACUGCCUCGACCGGGUCAGCGAAUACAAGUUUAAGCAGCCCACCUCCAAGCUGAUCGAGGGCAACAGGGAGUUGAUUGAUGAGGGCAAGGAUAGCUCCGCGGAAGCCUACAAGACCAUACGGCAGGUAGAGGAAUCAACUGCCGCUCAGCCGCAUGCGCCGCCUGUGUCGGAACAGAGCAUAGCACCACAGGUGAAUCUUGUCCCGAUCUCCUCGGACCGUGCUACAGGCCGCGUCCACACCGAGCCUGGCACGCCAGGUGCACUUAAAGCAGCAUACAAAGCGAAACUCUUGGGAUGGGCCUUGAAGCAGGGUGUUUCAGAAGAUGCCGACCUUGACCUCGAGACACCGGCCAAAGAGCCUGGUGCCAACCUCGGAAGCGUUGUUGAUAACAUGUUCGCCCAGUACAGAGAUAUUGUGGACUUGACCGCACAAGACUACAGGCUCUUGAACUGGCACGUCGCCAACCUGGAGUAUAGCAAUGCUAUCAACUACAACAAACUGAGUCUCCAGGGGUGGGACAUUGAUGCCGGCAACGAAUGGGAAGGGAGUCAUACCAUGGUCAUUGGCGGCUAUCAGAGCGUGCCAAAAGGCCUCAUGCUGCUGCCUACGCCGCUCGACGUUCGACGAAAGUCACCCGUCAACAAAAUAACAUAUACAACAGAAAGCACGGCAGGUCCAGCGGUAAUCGAGUGCGAAGAUGGAUUUAGGGUGGAAGCUGACUUCGUCGUCAACACGAUACCUCUGGGCGUGCUCAAGCAUGGUAAUAUCAAGUUUGAGCCACCGCUGCCAGAGUGGAAGUCUAGUGCCAUCGAACGGAUGGGCUUUGGUGCUCUCAACAAGGUCAUCCUCGUGUACAAGGAGGCCUUCUGGGACGAGGAUCGCGACAUCUUUGGCGUCCUAAGAACCCCGCCCAAUCGGCACAGCUUGGACCAGAAGGACUACGCCUCCCAGAGGGGUCGUUUCUUCCAGUGGUUCAACGUGACCCAAACCAGUGGGUUACCGGUCCUGCUAGCUCUCAUGGCUGGCGACGCCGGCUACGACACCGAGCAAACCUGUAACGACGAUCUCGUCAAGGAAGCCACCGACGUCCUGCGCCGCGUCUACGGGUCAAAGGUUCAACAACCGAUCGAGGCCAUCGUAACCAGAUGGGCAUCGGACAAGUUCGCGCGGGGAAGCUACUCCUCCGCGGGUCCCGACAUGAAAGCAGAUGACUACGACACCAUGGCCAAGCCCAUCAGCAACCUCUUCUUCGCGGGCGAGCACACAUGCGGCACCCACCCCGCCACCGUCCACGGCGCUUACCUCUCCGGUCUACGGGCCGCCUCCGAGGUGCUCGAGGCGAUGCUCGGCCCCAUCGAGAUACCGACGCCCCUCAUCAUCCCCAAGGAAUCAUCCUCCCUCUCUCUCAAGCGCAAAGCCGCAGCCUUAUCAUCCGAAACCACCACUACUACUGUGACAAACAGCUACGGCACCAUGUCCUCCACCCGCAACCCCGAACAAGCCCGUCUCGAAGCCUACGACAUCGCCCUCUGGGACUCCAUCACCUCGCAAAUCGGCCUUCGCCCACAAAAACCCUCCAAACCCGUUGUAUCAGGUUACAUCUUCUUCAGCAAAGCGCACUACGACGACGCGCGCAAGCGGUGCGAAGCCGGGCGUCGCCCCGGCAAGGGGAAAGCGUCAGGUAACGAGGUCAGGAUGAUGAGCGCCAAGAUGUGGAAGGAUGCUUCGCCGGAAGAAAAGAGGCCGUUUGAAGAGCAGGCGGAGGAAAGUAAACGCGUGCAUGCGGUGGCGAUGAAGGAGUGGAAUGAGAAGGCACAGGAGUGGGAUCGCAAGGCGACGGAAUUGAAGGGGGUUUAUGAGAGGGAGAAUCCGUAUGUGCCGUUGAGUGCGCUGGUUGUUAAGGCUGAGGAAGGAGGGGUUGGAAGUAGCCCUGCUGUUGCUAGUGGUAGUGGGAGUGGGAGUGGAAUUGGGAGGAAUGGGAGGAGGGCGAGGUGGGCGGGUGAGAAGGUGGGGAGUUAUGCGGAGGAUGAGGGGAGUGAUGUUGAUGUUGAGAUGACUGGGUGA